AUGGAUUACCACCCGGAUGAUUUCUACUCGCUACCACCCGCUCUGAGGCGCAAAUUAUUUUCUAAUUUAGAACGAUUUCGCCUGGAACAAUUACGACUUACCCAGCUGGCCUACGACGAUGGCCGAAGCAACCGCCCCCAUCCGUUCGACGACCUCUCAUUAUUAUCCGGCAUAUCAAACGCUAGACCCAGGACCCCGACAACGCCGACCCGGAAACCACUUCUGAAAGAAAACCGACCAUUUCACCGGCUCCGCAAAGCGAAAUCGGUGCGGAUUGCUUAUCUCGCCGCUCAAGCCGACUCGGACUGGUUUCGCUCGUUACCAUCCAAGGUCCAACAACAACAUUUUAGUCGAGAAGAACGAGUUCGGCUUGGGGGCUGGCGCAGCAGCAUUAUUUUCGACUCAGCGGACAGAGCACUGUACAAACUCGGCCACCAAGCAAAAAAGUCCUUGGAAUCAAUCUGCUCUCUACCCACCAGUGCCAAUUUCUCAUUUUCCGAUUCCAUGGCGUCAUCCGCGCGAGCUGUUGACUCUGCCAUUGGCCUCGACGACAGCUUGUACGAUAGUUUCCGCUGGUUAGAUGAAGAGGAGGAAAUUGACCUUAGUCUUGGUGACUACCACACUCAUAUAACGGAUGCCAACAGGCACAGAUCGGCGCCUUCGUCGCGGUCCUCUGGCCUGCGGUUGCAGCGUCGACCACCCUCUUUGCGCCAACAGCCCUCUUUUCGUCGAACAUUGUCAUUCAGUUCCACAACCCGUGGCCAAAACAGCAUAUCGAGCAAAAUCCCUUCUACUAGCCAAUCUUCCACCGUCCCUUCGUCCUUCAUAAGCUCUACUCCGUCGACUACUCACAAACGUUCAUUCUCUCGCCCCAAAUCCAGCGUACCCAUCCUGCGACAUAUAUCUCAAGGGUCCCUCUCUUCUCUUGAUAGUCCCGCACAAUACUACCAAGAUCCAGAAGCCCGUCUGAAGCUACGAGUGUACCUCGCAUCCCCACAGAAAUUCGACGAAGCGAUCGAAUUCGGAUUCCCAUCCCUCGAUAACAAGGAGAACAUUCAUCCUCCUCGCCUAUCACUUGAGCCACGGACAACCCUCGAAUCCGCCCGAACCUUCCUGGAGGACGCCAGCACCGUUGAGUUCCCAGACAUCAUCCACGAGGAUGGGGAUCUGGUCGACUUCUCCAUGGACUCCCCAACCCUCCCUUCCCCGAAUUCCCACCAUACCAAAUCUCCCACCACAACAAGCGGCACUACCUCACCAUCUCCCCGCAAAUCACACAGUAGGAAGUUCAGUGUCGAAAAAUCCACCCCACAAAGAUCUAUACAACCCAUCCCGCUUGGCUAUGCCCAAAAUACACCUGGCAACCGCGAGAUGACGCUAAAAAUGACACUUACAAGGCCUGACUUGCGCACGGCGGACUCAGCUGGGAACGUGUCACACAGCAUUCCGGAUCUUGAUGAUCCAUUGCGGUUGGCCGAACUUCCAGCGGUAGAUGAAAACCACCCAAUCUGGAAUGCGCCAGCCGAAGACACGAAUAUGGUGAAGAAGAUGUGGCGCAAGCUCCGGAAGCGGCGCGGUUGA